AGUAAAAUAGUCGUUACUAUUAGUAACGGGACGCACGAAAUAUCUAACGGAAUAAAAGUUAAUUUUUACAUAAUGUGAUUUUUUUAUUAAAAACAAAACAAAAAGAAAAUGACCACUGUUGUGCCAAGACCCUCCCCUCAAGCGUCCCCUAAGGACUCUACUAAAGAGAAUUCGGUGGAAGGAUUAGAAUUGUCAAAGAGAAAGUCAGUAGAAUUACGUAGCGACUAUAUUCCAAGGGAUCUUUUACUUUCCUUAACAAAGCCACCAGCUCCAAAAGAGAAUUUAGGGCCUGUUUCUAAAAUUAAACAGUUGCCAAAGGUGUGAUAUUUCUUUCUUUUAUCUAGUUAAUUUAUUGCAUAAUAGCGGGUAUUAACAGUCGAAGAGACCUCCGGCAUCUGUAUGGAACUUUCCCGGGAGGAGGGAAAAAUUUAAACACCUCUUAGAGACACCAUGCAUCUGCGGCGCGGGAGAGUGAGCAAACAUUAAAAUUUAGGUUAACUAAUUUGCAUAAGAAAGACACGCGGUUUUUUGUUAUCAAUCAGGGAUAUAUCUUUUCUAUAUGACGUACCUAAGGAGGAAAUGCCUGAAGAAGAACCCUCGAAAUUCGAUCCGAGCGGUGAGAGAAAGAGAGAGUUGACAAUGAUGAGAGAAGAAAAGAAGGAAAAGGAGGAAAAGGAAGUUCGACUUCCAGAUAGUUUGAUUCCGGAAGAGUAUCAUGUUGUUAAAAGUCGAGCUACUAUGGGAUUAGAAUAUCACACUGAGAAAUAUACGACUAAGGUCAAAGAUCAUGAAUGUCAUCUGACAGCGUUUCCAUCUAUGCAACCGACGAGUCGUUUCGAGGUAUUCCGCUUAAAAGAGACUUUAGGCGAGAUGCUAGAUAAAGCUGGCUUGAAUGAUCUAGAGAACGAAGAAAUCGGUCCGACUCAGAUGCACAAUCUAAUUGAAAUAAUGAAAAAGGAGCAAGAUAUAUACAAUAUUAUAUUUCACGAAUUAAUACGACAAACAACGCUAGAGUGCACUGAAAGGGGAGAAUUGUUACAAGAGAUUCGAAGAAGAUAUGCUGAAAUUCUAUCCAGAGUUCCAAAACAAAUAAAAGGUCUCCAUGAGGAAGUUAUGGCCCAAAGGGCUUUGGAUAGGAGAUUAACCGAUGAGCUUUUAAAAUUUAAAAAAACUGUGACCCAAUUAACAGACGAAUUAUUGACCGUUAGAGAACACGAUGAAAAUGUUACUAAAGCCGCUACAGAGGCGAAGGAAGAAUUAAAAGAGGCCCUUUUAGAUUCGAAGAAAAACACGGAUCUAUUGUCUGAAUAUCACGACUUGUACGAACUUCAGAGAAAAAGAAUGGAGAAAGAUAUGACAGCGUUAAAUAAUGAAAAGGAAACGUGGAGUCAGGCUGCUUUCAGUUUGGCGUUGAAAGUGACUGAAGAACACGAAUUAACAAAUGCCAGACGUUUGCAUGUGGCUGAAAAAGCAUGGGUUAAAUUAGCUAAACAUUUUACAAUAUUAUUAAGUGGAACCGACUCUUCCAUGCUUGCGGAAUUGCAAAUGCAUAUUGAUAAGUUCAGAGAGCUAAUGUUCGAAUUUCAAGGGAAUAUGAAGAACAAUGAAAAAAGGAUGAAGAAAAUUGUCGAAAGAAUAUUCGAAGGGGUCAGAUUUAUCAGAGAUGAUUUUGAUAAGACUGUCCUGGGCUCUGACGGACUUGUAGAGAAAUCUCCCACUCCUGAAAAAGUAAGAUUUGCUCUCGAAGGACUUACAAAAUGGGGACAGAGGGUAACCGAACAAUUAGAGACGUUUGGAGGUGAUGAACUAUUAAAUAAUCAUGAUUUAUUGAAGGAAGCACAUUCGCAUAUGGAAGGCUGGGCUGACAUUGCCUUGGAGGUAUUCGAUCGUCACUCAGAUAGCGAUCAGAAGGCCAUGCAGGAAUUAAACCUUGAUAUUACAGCUAUGCAUGAACAGUGUCAGGUUCGUUUGACCGGAGAAAAUGGGGUCGCGAGACUUCUCAUUAAUUUAUCUGGCAGCUUUGAGCAUUGGCAAACGAAAUUGCAUGUUGCCGUUCAAGGUAAUAACCCAUUGCCCGAUAUGGAUUGGCUUCGAUUUUAUAGUACUCUUGGGGAAUACUCGAGUUGGUGCGCUCAGAUUCUCGGUUUAAUUGGCUCUACUAAAAAAGAAGUUGAUAAAGAAGACCAUAAACAUUUAGAGAUAAACGACAUGAUGACCAAAACACAAAAAUGGUUAUCAUCAACAAUGAAUGGAAUAGAAAGUGAGAAUGCUAGGCUAAUUCAAACGGUUUCUUCCUUGCAUACCGAUAUGGUACAAUGGAUGGUACAAAUUCUAUUGAAAAUUGCUCCUGACAAAUCGAAUCAUUCUCCCGAGUUACUCAAUGAUGCAGAGACUCUAAAACAGACCAAUCAACAACUAUGUAAUACAGUCUUAAAACUAUUUACGAAACUUCGGACUUUCAACAACUAUCUCGUCCAAUGCUGCUCAGGAAUAGUUCAAGCUAUUGUUCAGCAAAAAUUCUCUAAAUAUGAAGAAAAUCCAGAACAAGAACAAAUAGAUUUGGCGAGGAUGAAAUCGGAAUUUGAGGAAUGGAUAGCAACUGCAAAAAUUCUCGUUUAUGCGUUAACAGGACAAGAAUUACAGGAGGAAAUUGUUGUUGAGAAAAAGAGCGAAACACCAUCUUCCGUGGGCCAAGAAUUACUCUCGCGGCAAGAAACUAAAUUGUCUACUCAUUCAACAGUAUUGGAAGAGAAAGAGGAAACUAUAUCGGACAGAGACGGUGAGAAAGAGCCCCUAUCUGCUUCAGUGGUAGAAUGUGAAGAAGGUCAAAAAGGUUUAGCAAGAGUCGACGAAGAAAAUACGGAGCAGUCAACCCCUCCACAGGUAGUCGAAACGAAACAUGAAGGGGAUGAACUUAAGGCUUCAGAGACAAUUUCUGCUGAAGAGGAGAGGGUUGUAGAGGGACAAAGCGAAAAUGUCGAAAUAGAAACCCAAAAUAAAGAAACUAAAAACGGCGAAGAAGGGGAUGAGAAAGAUGUCGAGGAGGAAAAAGCAGAUCUGCAAGAAGAGCAAGAAGAUAGCGGUGAUGAUCUAACUGAUAAUGAAAAAGAGGAGAAGGAAGAAAUAGAAGCGAUAGGGUUUGACGAAACAACAAGGCCUAAAUCUCUACAGGGAACAAGGGACGAGAGGGGAUUACGAAAACCGGAAACAGAACAAUCUGAAAAGGCCUAUGAUACGUUACAAACGAUUGAAAAAUUGCAAGAAGAUCUGAUAAACACAGAGGAAAGAGCUCAAAAGGCCGAAGAGAGAGUUAUAGAUUUGGAAGAGGAGUUACGAAAUUUAAAUGAAAUAGUCCGUGAAUUAGAUAGAAAAUUAAAGAAGAGCGAUGCAACAACAGUAGCAACAACAGACGGUGAGACGACUAUUGCGCCGGAAUCUGUUAUAUCUGAAAUAGCAACAAAACAAUCAACUCAAUCAACCAUUGAUAAUCAGAGUUUGAAGAAAAAAGAAGAGAAAAAGAAAGAAAAGUCUAAAUCAACAAUUAGUAAAAGCUCUAAGAAGAAAUCUACACCAAGAAAAGAAGCUGGCGGAGGAGAAGUUUAAGAUAUGAUCAGUAUUUUCUUAUUAAUAUAAUAAUAUAUAUUUAAAAUUUAAGUGUGCCAAGCUAAAACAAUAAAAUGAGAUGUUUGCCAACAAAACUUUAUUCUGCUUUGGAAUUCUACUGUGUCAAAUUACUGGUGGAUUUUUUUUGUGAAUAUAUACAAUUUGCAUAAUGAAUAAUUAAAAAUAAACAAAUAAAAUUGAACUAUUUUUAAAGGAAAAAUUGAGAAAAAAAAAGAUAGAGAGAAAGAGAGAGAGAGAGAG